UUUCUGUUUCUGUCUUUUAAAGCUUCAGAGAACCACAGUGAGAGCUAUUAAUCACUAAUGAAACACUAGUGAACCUUCGUUCGAGUUGGAUUUUAUGAUAUAAAGCGGACUCUGGGGCUUCCACGUGGGGAAACUGCCCAAGAACCAAACCACCAAGUCUUAGAGUGUGUCGGGCGAUCAGAGAUGAAGCCUCUCUCUCUGCUGGUGUGCGGCCUCUUCAUUUCCUCCCUCUGUUCCUCCUCGGACUCCAGUUUAGACGUUUCUGUGACCCAGACUCCAGUUGAACUCACAGUGGAGGAAGGACAGAGUGUGAAAAUCUCCUGUUGCUGGAAUAAAAUCAUCCCUAAUAUUAAAGUGAGGUGGAUUAAACCCAACCAGACUAAUAAAGACGUUCCUACAGAAAUCCUUAAUACUAACUGCUCAGUUUUCUCUAUAAGAAACGCCUGCAGUAAUGAUACAGGACUGUACAUCUGUGAAGUUCUACAAGACAUUCCUGUACUGGUUACUGUAAAAGGAAAAGGGACGACUGUGAGACUCCUGGAAAAAAAGCCAGACAAUAACACCACUGGAUUCACUAAUUCAUCCUUGGAGGCCCUAUCGGAUUCAUCCCUAUCGCCGCUGGUGCCGAUAGUGGGAGCGUCGGUUCCCGCAGCCGUGAUCCUGAUUUGUCUCUGUGUUUCUGUGGCUGUGUGGAGAACCUGCAGAAAACCAGAGAGGAUGGUCAUACGGGAGGGACCAGCAAGUGAGGGGGAGGAGCCUGAGCAUAGCGAGGGUGACGACAGCUCACGUAACUCCAGAGGCUCCACCCAGUGGUACAUGGUUCCAGUGUACGAGUCCUACUUUGAUCUUCAGAGAAACGAUGAAGAAGAGUCAUCAAACGAAGAUCAGUCAACAAAAUCAGACAAGACUGACAGUCUGGGUAAAAAUGGUAAAACAGCUAAUCACAAAUAACGGAAACACCUCACCAGGCUAGCAUCACGCUAACUGUCUGAAUCAUUUUUGUUUUUUGCCUUUUGCCUUAAAUGCUGUUAAUUUACCAUUCCACCUUAAAUGCUGUUAAUUUACCACUCCACCUUAAAUACUGUUCAUUUACCAUUCCACCUUAAAUGCUGUUAAUUUACCACUCCACCUUAAAUUCUGUUAAUUUACCAUUCCACCUUAAAUGCUGUUAAUUAUCACGCCACCUUAAAUUCUGUUAAUUUACCAUUCCACCUUAAAUACUGUUCAUUUACCAUUCCACCUUAAAUGCUGUUAAUUUACCACUCCACCUUAAAUUCUGUAAAUUUUCCAUUCCACCUUAAAUGCUGUUAAUUUACCACGCCACCUUAAAUUCUGUUAAUUUACCAUUCCACCUUAAAUACUGUUCAUUUACCAUUCCACCUUAAAUACUGUUCAUUUACCAUUCCACCUUAAAUGCUGUUAAUUUACCACUCCACCUUAAAUUCUGUUAAUUUACCACUCCACCUUAAAUUCUGUAAAU